GGUUUACUGUUUCCGCUGGGAAAGCCGAUUUGCUUAGGCUACCGUGAUAUUUACCCCUCUUACCUAAAUCUAACAAAGACUACGAACCAGAUGCAGAGUAUGGCGGAUCAUGACUGAAAAAUACGUGGGCAACUUUAUGAGGGAGUGCGGACGUGAGCGGGAGAGCAACAGUAGUAGGUGGCGGUAAUGCGCUGGUUGCCACCAGGUUGCCACCCGCCGUACAAACAAGAAGAAGAAGCAACAAACCGAGAUAGUUAAUAAACGUUCAGUUGUUGUUAAAAUGAGUUCAGGUUCAACUUGUGCCGUUGUUGGUUGCUACAACAAUUCAAGGAAAUUGAAGGUUUUUUCACAAACGUUGUGUUUACAACACCAGAAACUUCGACAAGAUUGUCCGUGCCCCAUGCCGUACUCUUUGCAUUCAAUGCCGAAGAAGGAGGCGCGGAGACGGUCGUGGCUUGCAGCUUUGAGAUUAAAAUACCCUCCCAAAAGAGUGUAUGCUUGCUCUUAUCACUUUGUCGAGAAGAGGCCCACAGAACUGCACCCCGACCCGGAGCUGUACCUGGGCGACGACCUACCUCCCCCGAAGAGGAGGCGAAAGGUAAUGUUAGACCGUGCGAGAGCGACCCAGACUGCUAAAUCCACAGGCAACUUUAAGUAUCAUGACUUCUCGGUGGGCUCUUCAACUGUCUCAAGCUCUGCACAUCCCACUGAACUGCAAAGCCGCUCAGUCCACACACAGUGGGAGGACCCUUCACGGAAUGAUCAUAAUUAUUGCAGGCCGGCCAUCGGUAAAGAUGUGCAGGAUAAGGCAACUCAGUGUGAUGGGAUUGGGUACUUCAUGCUUCAAAACGACUCAGAUGCU